CAUACACAUACAUAUCCUCGACUUACAAUUAGCUUGAGCCUCAAUAUUCUGCAGCAGGAAUUCUAUUCCCCGAUAAAAAUAACUUGGUGACACUUUACACAAGGAUAAAACAGCACACGUUUUUUUCAAGCUCUUUUUCUCCCCCUCUUUUUUCCUUUUUCUUUUGUUUUUAUUUCUUAUGCAGCAACUCGGAAACAGUCUCGAUAGUAUUGGUUACAUAUAUCCAAGAAAACUACUUGAUCAUAAUAGCUUACAGAUAAAGGAAUCGACGUUGCCAGCUGAAGUAUUGUGUCAUUAUUUCGAUAUUUUAAUUAGUGAUCCAAAUGAAUUUCAAUACCCAGCAUUAUAUGAGCAGUUUAAAAAGGUUAUACAUUCACCUAUUUCAAUCCCUUUAAAAAAUGAAACACUAAUGCCACCCAAAAGGCAAUAUGUCAAGAAUGAUAAACGAAGACGAUAUUUGAUAGAAGAAUUUAUAAAAACAGAGGCCAAUUAUUUGACAAGUUUAAAAACGUUUGUACUCUUAAUAGUGGAACCUUUAAGGCAAUUUGCCAAAGAUAGACAUAACCCGAUCAUCGGACAAUACGAAUGUUCAAAUAUUUUUAUGAACAUUGAUGAGAUCAUUCAAGUAACAGAAGAAUUCUAUCGUGAUCUAAUUUCUGAUCAUGAUACUAAUCUGGGUAAUUUAUGCUCAGCUCAUUUGCGUCAGUUUAGUUGCUAUAACAAAUUCUUAUCUGGUAUCCAUAAUGCCAGAAUACUUAAUGAAAAGCAGCUAAAGAACCCACAUUAUGUCGAGUAUUUAGAGGCUGCCAAUGAGCAAAUGAAGAGUAACCAGACAGUGUAUGACUAUUUAGCCUUACCUAUUCAACGUAUUGGGAGAUAUACAAUGUAUUUUAAAGAGCUGCUGAAACACACUGCAGAUGACCAUGCGGACUUACCUGGGUUACAUCAAGCACUUUUGAAAGCUGAAGAGAUUGCAAACAUGACGGAAGAAGCACAUACACAGGCAUUGAAGAUAUUUAGUAGAUUGCUGUUAACCAUCCAUGCUUGUCCUGAAUCCCUGAUUAACUCUCACCGUCGAUUCUUGUGUUAUCUGGACGUAGCUCAGCUCGACAUACAAACAAUGAAACACCUAUACCCUGUAACGUUAUUUUUAUUCUCUGAUAAAAUUAUGGUCGUACGACGUCCGUCGUAUGAUACCGAUGGUUUGGACCUUUGUGGACUCGAUCAACGUUUGUAUGAAGGCUCAGAAAAACUAGACUUUUGUAUCAGCAGAGACACGUUCUCUUCCGGAAAACUCAAAUUUCUAGGCUGGAUAAGCCUAGCUGACAUAAGUCUUCAUGAAGGACCUCUGGGUACGUUUUUGAUUUUAAAUAUUUCAAUACUAACUCCAGUGACAGAUGCAUCAUUUACUUUAUUGUGUAACAAUACGGGUGCCUCGCCACCUUCUUCCGAUAACACAGAUGAAAAAACGCAGAAAUCAUUAGAGGCUUACUUUCAACAAGAUCAUGCUCACAUCUUCAGUUUAUCUCCAAGCGGCAAUUUUAUUAAUAAACAAUACCUUCAUACUGUCGAAAAGGCCUUAUCCUAUUUUGCUUACCAAUUUGGAAAGGCAAGGAAUGAAUGCAGAACAGCUCAUGAAGGACGUAUAGAUACAACGUAUUGUCAGUGGAAUCGCCAUCAUUUUUUUACAAACAUCUACUUCAUGGCUCAGUAUGAUGAAGUGCCAAAUAAGAGUGAAAUAGCCUUAUUCUAUACAGAAUCAAAUACGAUUGAUGUUGAAAGUAUUCUUAGUAAUAAUGAUGGCUCGCCAAACAUGGUAGGUUUUAUUGUGCCUCAUGAAAAGGACAAUAACUACAGAUUUGCUAUACGUAGCAAGUGUGCCAUUGGUAAUACAAAGAAUAGUCAGGUACUUUUGACAUUCCGAGCAAGCGAUGGUUUCUUUAUUCAUGACGCCCGAAACUUACUGUUUGGCAAUCUUCUCGCCUGUGAUCGGGAUUUACAGACAGCGAAUCGAAUAGAAAAUGCAAAACAUUUAAGAUAUGAACACAGCUCAUCUCAUGAAGGCCUAAAGUUCGUUACUAAACAAGACCUGAAGCGCAAAAAAAGUCGACCGACAUUCAAGUUAUUUUCUUCGCUUGCAGGACACAGCAGCAACAGUAGCAAUAGUAUCAGUAGUAGCAGUAGCAGCAGUAGCAGCAGCAAUAACUCAUCAUCUAUCGCUUUUCAAGGACCUAAUUCACCUACAACGGCCACUAGUUCAUUUUAUUCCAAACAAAAAGCAUCCUAUACGCAUAAUGACUAUCUUAUCGAUUUAGAGGCUUCUUUUUGCUCAAAGCGCUAUUCUACAGGCUCGUCUUCCUGUAACAGCUCCAUUCGAUCUCACCGAAGCAUAGACUCCAAAUCAACAUUGCAAUCCAUUAAUUCUUCUUCCUCACGGCACAAGAGUGAAAAGCAACAUAUUCCGGAUUUAUUGGAACUGUUUCCAGUUUCGAAACUGGGUAAACUUGGAGAAAGGCACUCAGAUGUUAUGCUUGGUCAACAAAGACAGCUUAGUCCAAGUGUUCAUCCUACCCGUACUGCUUCUUGCGAAAUCCUGUCUGCAGCAAGGAAGGAAAGGGGUAUAUUAGAAACGGUUUUUAGUUCAAGUGAUCUACAUCGACCAUCAAGUAGUAUUGGUAGUAGUAGCAGGGAGCCUACGCCUGUUAUGACUGAAAGUGGUGAGUCUUCAAUUAAUAGUCGACAAAGCACACUAUCCACUAUGAACAGUCAGCGCUCGUUAUACCAGCAAAUGUUCGAUACACCGCCAACUCCUAUGCUCAAGGCGCGGCCAACAUCAGAUCUGUUGAUCCCUAUCGCUGCUCCAGACGAUAGUCAGCAGAUGCAUGUGAGGUUUUUCUCAGACUUUAAGAAACCGGCGUUAGAUACCGAGUUACAUCUUGAAUUGGAAGAAAAGAAUAGGACCAUCAUCAUGCUCAAUUCGCUACUUCAGAAGAAGGAUCAGGAAAUAAGUAUGCUCAAGGCAGAUCUAGAAGAUUCUGUGUCAGAGUUAGGCACUGUCUGUGAUAAAUUUAACCUUGAGCUAGAUAAUCUGGCUAGAUUAUAUGAGCACAUGCAUUAUGAUGACGACCCGGACAGCAAUAGACCACAUAAUCCAAGUGCAGAAACUCAGCUGCGAAGGGUACUUGAGGCCACUAUGAAGGAGCGUAAUCAAUGGCAACUGAAAGCAAUUGAGCUUGAACGCAAGCUCAAGAUACUAGCAUUAGGAAACGAUAGAAGUGGCAAUAGUGGUCAAUACAAUACCAAAUUUACUGUAAAUAGACAACGACACUCAUAUCACGGACCAUCUGAGGGAGGACAGUUUUAG